CGGAUGUCUGAUUCAUAUUGGCCUUCACCGGAGCUUCCAUGUCUGUGAAUUACGAGGCAGGUGUCCGACCAUGCGGGGCCGUUGGCUGAGUCGAUGGGAGCGGCUGACUUCGGCCCCACUUGAUCUCGGAUCGAAUCCGAGAUAUCGUCGUGUCUUGGUGGCCGAACAAUACGCCGAUCUGACGGUGGAAAGUAUAGAUAGCAAGUACGUACCCAUUUUUUCUUCAAUGCCACUCACCAUUUCCCUUUCAUCCUUCCCUUUGCAAUCCGUACCUUUACAAGCUGUCCAACCUUUGUGUGAAUCACCCUAUAACAGAGGGAAACCGUCCCAGCACAGUCAUUCAAGGGGCCCAAUUUCCGGAUCUCAUCCGCAAAAACCACCCAAAACACACCCAAAAAAACAGCACAAAACAACCAAAUGCCCCUCUCCCACAUCCUCAUCCUCGGCGCCGGCCCAGCCGGCCUCUCCGCCGCCCUCGCCAUCUCGCAACUGCCCCCACCCCCAUCCCCGGCCGCCGCCCCCCGCCUCCGCGUCACGGUCCUGGAGCUCCGGCCGCGCGGCGCAGGAACCACGCUCGGCGGCGCCGUCAACCUGACGCCCCUGGCGCUGCGGUACCUCGACCGGCUCGGCGGGGCGGGAGCGCUCCUCCGGCCGCGCGGCUGCGCCGUCGGGGCGGGGAUCGACAUGGUGGCGCUGCGCACGGGCAGCCGGCGCGGCACGCUCUGGCGCGGCGUCGACAUGCUGCGCGUGCGUCGCCACGACCUGGCUGAGAGCCUGCGAGGCGCGGUGGAGGAGGGGGACGCGCAGGCCGCCGAUGGCCGCGGAGGAGGAGUCGAGCUGCGGUACGGCGUGUCGGUUGUGGGGAUCCGGGAGGAGGGCGAGGCUGGUGGGGAGGGGGCCGUGGUGCUGGAGCUUGAGGGCGGCGAGGAGAUCAGGGGGGAUGUGCUGCUUGGGUGUGAUGGGUUGCAUAGCGUGGCGCGGACGAGAUAUGUUGAGCCCGAGAGGGAAAAGGUGUACUCUGGUAGGGUCAAUGCGUAUGGGUAUGCGAAGGUAGAGGAGCCGGGGAAGGCGGGGAUUACGAGGUCGGAUGGGCAGCCUUGCGUGGUAGAUAGUACGCUCAUCUCCGGCCGGUAUGGCUCGCUUCUCGCGACUUUCUUCGAACCAGAGAGGAAGGGUUUGUUCGUGGCUGCGGUGAUGGGCAUGAAGGAUGUGGGAGAGGACGAGGAUGCGAGGGACGGGUGGAAGGCCAUGGGCGACGACAAGGCGAAAGUGAGAGAGGAUAUUGCGAGGCGGUUCCGCGACGGCAAAAUAUCUGGAGUGACUGAGCUGGUGGAGAGUGUGGAGGAGUGGAACCUGUUCCCCGUGUAUCAACUUCCUCCUCAGGGUCGAUGGUCCAGGGGGAGGGUGAUCCUGCUCGGCGACGCUGCCCACGCUAUGCCACCUCAAGGGGAGAGCACGGGUGUUGCCAUUGAGGACGGUGUCCUUAUCGCCCGGAUUCUCCAGCGACACACAGAGCGGAGCAUACCUCAGCUCUUCGACGACUAUGAAAAAUUGCGACGAGCACCAAUCGACAAGCUGUACAAAGAGUCGGUUUGGAGAUGGGACAACGCAGCUAAAGACGAUUCUGGUUGGCUGCAUGCUGUUUUCAACGACUGGAUGAUCACGGCGGUUCUGGCCUUUAUGGAUUUCAACCAGUCCGAUUACUUUGCCAACGACGUGGAGAAUCUCCAGUUGCCGCCCUGAUGUCUCGCCAGAGGCAUGCAAAUAUCAGUAAUCAAUUCUCCUCUCUAGAUUUCGUGGCGACAUUUCUACAUUUAUUAUUGGUGGCAACCCCUUGCUUUAUGGUAUUGUAUUGUACAGUACCUUAUUGUGGUGGAGCAUACUCCAGUGUAUUCUAACAGGAGGGCAUGGCAGGAGGGGAGUAACUGGUCAUAUAACCAUGUAAAUAAAAAGCAAAUGGAAUUCAGACUCUUUGCCUCUUUGGGGCUCAGGUGCGUUGAGGACUUGAGAAUAUUUGGGGCUUUGGGGCUUAGGUUCUUGAAAGCAGUCAAACUUGUUUCGUG